AUGACUAUCUCAAUCACCGUCGAGAAGGAUGGAUUCUACGAGGUCAACGGGGCCCAACAGGAGCCUUCCGUGUCUCUCCAUGUGACCCCGGCAGCUUCCAAGCUGCGCCGCAUGCUCAAAGAGACGAACGAACUCAUCGUGUGCCCUGGUGUGUAUGAUGGCCUCUCCGCCCGCAUUGCCAUGUCGGUUGGCUUCAAGGGUCUCUACAUGACUGGUGCUGGAACUACUGCAUCACGAUUGGGAAUGGCGGACCUUGGCCUGGCUCAGCUUCAUGAUAUGAAGACCAACGCUGAAAUGAUUGCGAAUCUGGACCCAUAUGGCCCCCCAUUGAUUGCAGACAUGGAUACCGGCUACGGAGGCCCCUUGAUGGUGUCAAAGGCCAUUCAACAGUACAUCCUGGCCGGUGUCGCUGGCUUCCAUAUUGAAGACCAGAUCCAGAACAAGCGUUGUGGACACUUGGCAGGCAAGAAGGUCGUUACCAUGGACGAAUACCUCACACGUCUUCGCGCCGCCAAGCUGACCAAGGAUCGUCUGCACUCGGACAUCGUUCUGAUUGCCCGAACUGACGCACUCCAGCAACAUGGUUACGACGAGUGCAUUCGUCGGCUGAAGGCGGCCCGUGACAUUGGAGCCGAUGUCGGACUACUCGAAGGGUUCACUUCGAAAGAACAAGCCCGACAAGCAGUCCAGGAUCUGGCUCCUUGGCCCCUCCUCCUCAACAUGGUGGAGAAUGGCGCGACCCCUCUCAUCACCACGAAAGAGGCCGAGGACAUGGGCUUCAGGAUCAUGAUUUUCUCGUUUGCUACAAUCACCCCGGCAUACCAGGGAAUUAUGGAUACUUUGCGGAACCUCAAGAAUCAAGGAGUUGUGGGUACUCCUGCAGGACUGGGUCCGAAAACAAUCUUUGAGGUCUGUGGGUUGGGGGAUGCCAUAAAGGUUGACACGGAAUCCGGAGGCGAUGGCUUCGUCGAAGGUGUCUAA